GGUUCGCCACCUGAAGACCUGCGCGCGAUCUGGUCUCGUCGUGAGUGCACAUUUUUGCGUAUUACUAACAUUAUUUCAUGCAUCUGGUUCAGCAGCAGCAUCGUGAUCAACCGGUUGGGGGGUUGACCUGGCUCCAUUCAUCUUUACAAUUUGCUACAGGUUCCAGUUUGGGCUCUUUUUGUGUUUGUCCCUGUUUGUUGUGAAUCGAAUGUUACACAAAAGUGAACCACUCACGCAAUAAAAGUUAAAAAAGCGUCUCCCCAAAUCACGAUUCACGUUUCAAUAGAAAUUUAAAGUUUCAAAGUGUGUGCGACAACGCGUUGGGAGAGAAGAAAAACGUGUUAAUUGUUGUAAAUAUCGUUAAGUGAUGGCGUUAAAAGAGUUUCCCAUUGAAUGACCACCAUCGGUAGCAUAAAAUAUGUUUUGGAAGCACGAUUUGAGCGCCUAACACAAACAGCACGACAUAUCAGCAUGUUUGAGCAGUUGUUGGACAAAACUGUGUAACCAUCCGUAGCCUGCAGCCGUUUUGUUCAUGCUCAAUUAAAAGCAAUUUCACGUGUUCGGUGAAAAGACUUGCGAUCGUUUGGUUGGACCAUCCGAGUUUUUGAGGUUCGACUGGAAACGCACUAGCGAGCAACACAGUCCAAAAACAACCGUGAUCCGCUCUAAGAACCGACCGACCCAGAGAGAGACCUAUCCUCCCCGAGGUGCCACGCGCCACCCAGUGUCAGGUUCCUGGCCAGCACUAGUCCACAAUUGCUUAGUAACUGGCAGCGGCGGCGGCGUUAGCUCAGCGCAAGGGAAAUCCAAGCAACGCUUCGACUCAACCAACGACUCAGACGACACGGCUAUGUUGCUGAAUUCUAUCUAGCCAACGAUCUACCCACAAUAUCUGCGCGGUGAGUCAGUCGGCCAUUCAGUCAACCGAAAGCUGCCAAUCGAUCUGCACCUCGACGCCAAAUCACGAGACAAGGCGAGACGCUCGCUUGAUCGGUUUACUGCCAAAGGGGCCUCUGAUUCAGACCACAUUGCCGGCGGGGUGAUUCCCUCUAAGUCGACGCCCAGGACGCGUCAUCGUAGUUUCGUCCGGCUGCAGGAAGGCGUCGUCUGAAUCGAAUUGAUCGCGCACAGGGUUGCAGUUUGCUCUCGCAAGUUGUCCGGUGCACAUCGCCUCAAUCUGAUCGUCUGCUGUCUGGGUUUAUGUUAUUUCCCGUGUAGCCCGACGAUCUCAUUAGAGAUCGCACAGAUUUGGAUACCUGUGUGAUCGAUCACGAUUCUCCGAAACUUCUUCUGUGUCUCGCGAUCGCAUUGUGGGAACCGUGGAAAAAAGUGCAUUUUACGUAAAGGCAAUUAGUGAACUCCGAUCAGUUUGUGGUCAAGUUGGAAUUCGGCAUACAGGCUAAGAGGCUGAGGCUGCUAAAGAUCGCCAAGCCAGGCCGGCCCGCCGUACCGAUCGUUGUAGUUGAGUGUGGUGGAUGUUUGAAUAUUGGUUCUCGGUACAUAAUAUGUGCGGUUUUAUGUGUAAAAAACGGUGACUAACGUUAAGCAUAUUCCAAUCCAUUCGACUGGAAGCCCCUAGCAAAAACCAAAAAAAAAAUACAACCCCAAAACGAGUUCCUCAAUAGACCGCAAAAAUGGAUGUGUUAGGCUUCAAUCUAGUCGGGCUGCUGCUGACAUUGCUGGCAGUUUCGGUGACCGGCAAUGACAACCUGCGAGUGGCCUACCAGUGGAACCAGAUCGACUUUGAGUUUCCGAGUGAAGCGGACCGGGCCGAGGCCAUCCGGUCCGGCAAGUAUGUACCUGAAAACGUGAUCCCUGUCGGGCUGGAGGUGUACAAGAAGCGCCUGUUCCUGACGCUGCCCCGGUGGAAGACCGGAAUUCCGGCUUCGCUGGCGUAUAUCAAUAUCAAUGAAACGGAUUCCCAGUCACCCAAAUUGCGACCGUACCCUAGUUGGAGCGCUCACCGGCAGAUGGUGGACGAGGAAGGUCCCGAGAUAGUGUCUCCCUUCCGGUUGAGGGCCGAUCGUUGCGGUCGCCUCUGGGUUCUGGACACCGGUGUAGAUGAUCUUCUCGGCGAAGCCAAGUCCGUUGCCCCAACUUCACUGCUGGUGUACGAUCUUCACAACGACAAUUUGCUGCGACGAUACAAAUUCCCCAAGGACCACAUCAAGGAGAGUUCCUUCUAUGCCAACAUUGCCGUCGAAGAUUCCGAUUGCGAGGACACUUUCGCGUAUGCUGCUGAUCUUGGAGCACCGGGAUUGGUAGUUUAUUCCUGGAAGCUGCAGGAAUCGUGGAGAGUUCAGCAUCACUUCUUCCAUCCAGAUCCGCUGGCCGGAAACUACACGAUUAAUGGCAUAUCGUUCCAAUGGGAUGAUGGACUUUUCGGGAUGGCUCUUUCGAGGCCUCAAAACGAUAGCUUUUCGAUGAUGUUUUUCCACCCAUUGAGCUCGACCAACGAGUUCGCUGUUUCAACCAGAGUGCUGAGGAACCAAACGUUGGCAACAUCGGACAAAAUCUAUCGAGAUUUCAAGAACCUCGGUUCCAGAGGUCCAAACGGUCAGGCAGGUGUUGCUUUCCUCGAUCAGAAGACGGGAGUGAUUUUCUAUGCUCUUCCAAACUUGAAUGCCGUUGCCUGUUGGAAGACCUCGAAUCGGGCUUACACGAUCAAAUCGCUGGGACGAGUUUACAUGAGCGCAAUCGAUAUGGUUUUCCCCAACGAUGUAAAGGUUGAUGAUGAGAGCAACUUGUGGGUGUUGUCCGAUCGAUUACACCGGUACAUGUACAGCAAGCUGGAUCCGAAGGAAGUGAAUUUCCGUAUCUUGACCGCCACUGUUAAGGAUGCCAUCGAAAAUACCGCCUGCGAUACCAAGAUUAAGCCCCUCACAGAUAUCAUCACUAAUCUGGGUGACAUUCUGCGACCUGCAAUGACAACAGUAGCCCCCAAGGGAAAAUCAGACGCUGGUCAAGCGAUCGUUUCCUAUACGUUAAUCGCGCUUUCUCUACUGAUCAGUCAACGCGCUGUGCUGUAGAUAUCAUGUAUAACAGAUUGGAGGUGCUCAAUUGUUGUAUAUAAGUUUUAAUCAUUCCUUACGGAUAAGCCGAACCCGAAUUUUAAGCUGAAGUAGAGCAAGAUAUCAACUGUUUUAAACAGUUUUUUAAAUGAAUGCUUCAGACAGUUUAAUCAAACGUUGUAUUUGAAUCGUGAAAGCGAUUUUCUUUAAUAUUCCUUCUUGUAUGUAUAACAAAUUUUAUUCAUUGUUGUUAGAAUUUAGACAACAACCUAUAUAAAUUAAAUAUUCAUUACCCUGAAAGAACACAUAAAGGAACUUUUGCAUAUUUGAUAAACCUACUUUAAAAUGAAAUUUUUAUCCUAUUUUACAGUUAUUUGACAUUGUUCAACAGAUCGAUGAAUGAGCAGCCAUUCUAUAAAAAAUGUCCUAACAAACGAUUUUUAAAAUUUUCUUGACCUUAGUAAACAAGCGUUGUCGCAUGAAAUGAUAAAACGAAAAUAGUUGAUAAUCCCAUUUUUUUUUUUUUAAUUUGAAAUUAUUGCGGAUAACUUCUGAUGUGAAAGUCUAUGUCGCUGUUAUGUAUGUACUCUAUUUUAUCGAACUAAGUAGUUUUUUUUCUUAAAUUCAUCAUGAAUAGCUCAACGAUAUUUGUUCAGUAAACAACAAUAAACUUUAAUGAUUGUUUAAAUGUUUUCACAAUAUUCGAAAAUUUGCAGACGUUGUUUAUUAACAAUUUUAAUGAUUUUACAAUAAGAAGAAAUACAAAUUAUCCCAGAAGAACAAACAUUCCAGAAAACAGUUUCAAAACAGAGCAGUCAGAGUCAGAUAGAUCUAAGCUUUCAGGUUCUUAAUCAUUGUUACUUACUAUAGGUAGAAAGAAGCCGCUAGUUCAUUAAUGAAAUUAUUUGUAAAUUUUGUAAAUUAUUUUAGCUUUACACUUUUUAGGUUACGUAUUGUAUAAAAUAGCAUAGAAGCUCAACUUUCGACAAAGAUACGGAUUUGAUGGAUUCGAAAUUGAGAACAAAUAAAAAAUCUGGUGUCUUUUUGAAGUUGAUGAUUUUAUAAAAGUGCUGAAGAGAAACAAUAGUAUAAUUAUUUUUGAAUAUAUUAAAAAACACAUUUGACAUAAAGAAUACAGUUUCUAGAAGGAUGCAUUUGAAUGUACUUAAUAGCAUAUUUGUGAUUCAUACAAAUAUUUUAACACAUAUUACUACAGCUUUUAAGCGCUAAAUCAAACAUCAGAGAUGCAUUUCGAGUGACCCGUUGUGAACCCAGUGACCCCCAGAAAUUUGAUGUAAAACAUUCAAUAAAAUUGAUCCACGAAAA